UAUGGGAAAUCUAGUAUUUGUUAAGUUAUCCGAUCUCGAUGGAUUUCUUGGCCCUUGAAGUGCGGGCCUCCUAAUAUCGGUAUAGUGAAUGCCGCCAAAAAUGUGCUUCUCAUUGUCUUGUGAAUUGUAGGAGGGCACACUGUGAACAAAACGUCGACCGCACGACCGCGUACACCAGGCGUACGCCGCCCUUGAAGUAUCCCUCUCUUCGGACUGGAUUGGAUGCGGAGCUGCACAAGGAGGGUUCUACGCGAAAGCAGUGGAGGAUUGCUCGCAUGCUGCGAGACCGUUUCUGGAGGAGGUGGGUCCUGGAGUACCUGCCUACGCUUGUGCGCCGCGAGAAGUGGUGCCGAAGAACGGAUCCCACCCGUCAGGGCGAUAUGGUCUUCGUCUGCGAUCCUGCCUUGCCCAGACGAGAGUGGUGCAAGGGCAUCGUGGAGGAGGUCUACAGCGGAGCUGAUGGAGUCGUCAGACGCGCCACAGUGCGCGUAAACGACAAUGGCCUAUCUCGGACAAUGUUGCGGCCCGUCUCGAAACUUGCAGUUUUGGAUUUGAGUGAAGCGGUACUUCACGGGGUCGGGGAUUUCGCUGGUCGAACAUUGUAGUCGAUAGGUAGAAUAAGUAUUGUAUGGGAAAUCUAGUAUUUGUUAAGUUAUCCGAUCUCGAUAGAUUUCUUGGCCCUUGAAGUGCGGGCCUCCUUAAAUCGGUAUAGUGAAUGCCGCCAAAAAUGUGCUUCUCAUUGUCUUGUGAAUUGUAGGAGGGCACACUGCGGUAAGAUUAAGUUAAGCUUGAAUUGUAUGAGGCUUAUUUGAAUUGUUCUCAGAAUAAAACGUCAAAAGCACGACCGCGUACGCCAGGCGCACGCCGCCCUUGAAGUAUCCCUCUCUUCGGACCUACGCGUGUGGGGUAGUCGUUUAAGGCAACUCCAUAUGAAGCAAGACAACUAUCUUAAAGGAAUACAUUCCACCUAAUAUAACAUCGGAAUUCAAUGUAGCUUAGAAGACCUUUAUAUAAUUCAAAACCCACUUAAGGAUAAUUUAAUAAAUACAUUUUUAUUUACCAGAAUAUUAUUCCAAGACGUA